CGCACUGCACUCGACGCUCGAACGCCGGGAAAACACGAGCCGUUUUCCGCCGCGACGAUACGCACCCGAAGUUUACGGAAUUCGUACGCACACGAUUUUCGAAAGUUUUAUUUUUUAUUACGGCCAGCAUUUUUCGUAUUGUUUCAUUGUUAUUUUUUUUAUUGCUCAUUUUGUGAAAAGUGUUUGGAAAACUUUAAAUUGUGGGAUGUUUGUGUUUCGACUUUUGUGAUACUGUACAGUUAUCGGUUGCUGUUCGAUCACUCUAAAAGUUCAUAUUGGAGUCCAUCAAUCAAGCUCCACUCGGCGGGGACAAUUGAACCGGCCUGCGGACAUCAGUAGCACUUAACAUGUCCGACUAGACCAUUCACCGCUUGUCUGUACCAUGAAAACUAUAUAGUGAUCUUCACAACGACAGCCAAACAAUCUGUUAUCGAUGAACGACCUAAAUUACAACGCCGGGAUGAGCUCCUACCAGUUCGUCAAUUCCCUGGCCUCGUGUUACGGGAACCAGGCGCCUGGACGUACAGGCACGCCUGUGGAACAAACAGGCCAUCCCGGACUACCGACGCCGGGAGCCGACUAUUACAAUCCAAACGCGGCGGCGUCAGCUUAUCCUAAUGCUUGCUACUCACCGCCGCAAGUGGGCCAUCAUUACCCACAACAUCCGUAUGCAACGCCCGCAACAGGGGCUCACAUGCAGCCGCAAACGAUGAUAGAUUACACACAAUUACAUCCACAACGGCUCGGCAGCACGGCGAGUCAUAUGCAUCAACAUUCGAACGCGAGCCCCGGAGCGCUAUCACCCAACUUGAUGUCGACUCCGCCCACUCAAGCGACUGGAGCCAGUUGUAAAUUUGCCGAUUCCACGUCGACUACGGGCGUUGCGUCACCACAGGACCUGUCUACGUCUUCCGGCCCGGGAAGAACUUCGCCUGGUUUUGGCACCGUCGGACAGAAUUCUAGUGGUACGAGCACAAAAUUGGGAUUGACGACUCCGAUAGCGUCGCCAGUGGAACACAAAGCUAGUGUGAAUCAGAACAUCUCGAGUCCUGCUUCGAGCACAUCCAGCAAUGACAGCAACGACGCCAACAAUUCCAGUUCCAACACGAAGAACUCCAAAACCUCCGGCAACGCCCAGGCGAACCCUCCGCAGAUAUAUCCUUGGAUGAAACGAGUACAUCUUGGACAAAGUAAGUGA